CAUCGGUGAUAGACAGACAUACAAAUUUGAAUUCAUGUAUAUAUUUUAUUAAAUGUUUUAUGUGCCAUAAAAGGGUUUAUCAGUGAUGGCGGAAAAAGGAUUUCUAACAUCAGUUAUAUUACUAUGUUUUUUAUUUGUAAUAGCAAAUACCACAAAUGUUCAUAUAACAGAGGAGUGGGUCCCAGAUUUGGGGUGGAAAUUGACCUGCGCUUGGAACUUCAGUGGAGGGGACUCUCUUCAGUCAGUCAACCUGUUUAUGAAUGAUAGACAAUUUAUGAUAUAUAGACCUGUGAACCAUGGACCGACUGCUUCCAAAGUUUGGUCAUUGACAGAAAACUUCUUAAGAAUAAACUGCGAGGAGGCUAUCCAACAAUGUACUCUACAGAUAGUGCCAACUGAAUUUACCAACAAUGACUUUGAUUUCAAAUGCGAGGUAUCAGGGGAGGGACCUAAGUUCAUGGUGGGCCAUGACAAUUACACCUUGGUUAGAACAGUGCCGUCAAGUGAUCCAGUAAUCGAAGCAACUAGAAGCAAGGGAUCUAGUCAGGUGACUCUGAACUGCACUGCUGCUGGGCUACCACCGCCAAAGUUUACCUGGAUUGCAGGCCCUGACGAUCGUGUGGUCCCAGAGAACUUCAGUUCGAGCGCAUGGAACUCAACAGCUAAACUAUGGCAAUCUUGGUCGACGUUUGUUCUACAAUCAGAGGCAUCUCUGCCAAUAAAAUGUUUAUCUGCUGUACCAAAAGAUGAAACGCCAGCAAAACAGACACAGUACAAUUCUGCUGUUGCUAAUAUAAUUGGAGGAUUUUCGGGUACAAUAAAACUUUUAUCAGCUGUUCUAACAACAAUGCUACUGAGAUGAUCACACUACUGAGAGGACGUUACUUAAUUAAAAUGAAACAAAGUUUUAAAGUUUGUACGUUUUUUAUUUCGAUAGAAACCGUUGUGAACGACUGUUGAUUAAAGCGACAGUUACACUAUGCUGAUUUUUUAUCUAUUAACAAUAGUAUACGGCCCGCCUAAUGGUAGCGGCCACCGCAGCUCAAGAACGCUUAUGAUACCAAUAACACUCACACACAACCAAUCUUUGUAACAUGAAGAAGACAAAAACAGUUUCUUUUAGAUUUUUGUUUCAAAAAUUCACAAAUAAAUUAAAAUUUUACAUUGUUUUGAAUUUUUAAUUCAGCGUGUAACUGAAGCUUAUAUUUGAUAAAUAUAUAAGUAUUAAUUUU